AGGAGGGGGGAAUUCCCUGCCAAAAUUUAUUACAAUCUCGCAGUGACUUUUCCAGUUUUGUCACCAGUACGUUUAAGAGUGAGGACAUCAGUUACAUGUCGGAAUAAUUCUUUUGGUUAUAAAGGCGAGAUAAACAGCCAUGGAUGUGCGAAGUCACCUGCCUGCUAUGUCAAGGCUUGCCCUUCAAGGGGAACCUUAUGUCGAAAUUGUGGAGCAGCCCAAGCAACGUGGUAUGCGUUUCCGAUAUAAGUGUGAAGGACGAUCAGCUGGCAGCAUUCCUGGGGCGAACAGCACAGAUAACAAUAGAACAUAUCCUUCAAUACAGGUUGCUAACUAUUUUGGAAGAGGGAGAGUUUUAGUCACUUUAGUUACAAAAAUGGAACCCUUCAAGCCCCAUCCACAUGACUUGGUUGGGAAAGACUGUAAGGAUGGGUUCUAUGAAGCUGAUUUUGGCCCAGAUCGUAGAAUUAUUUGUUUUCAGAACUUGGGAAUUCAGUGUGCGAAGAAGAAAGAGGUGAAAGAGGCAAUUCUACAAAGGAUUCAGCGAAGCCUGAACCCCUUUAAUGUUACACAGGAGCAGGUUCUUCAGACAGAAGAUAUUGACCUGAAUGUGGUGAGAUUGUGUUUCCAGGUGUUUCUUCCUGAUGAACGUGGCAGCUUCUCGAGAGCUCUUCCACCGGUCGUCUCAAAUCCUAUAUUUGAUAACAGGGCACCAAACACAGCAGAGCUGAAGAUUUGUCGUGUAAACAAGAACACAGGAACUGUUAAGGGAGGAGAUGAAAUCUUCCUACUGUGUGACAAGGUUCAAAAAGAUGAUAUUGAAGUUCGUUUUUUCACUCACAACUGGGAGGCCAAAGGUUCGUUUUCACAAGCUGAUGUCCAUCGGCAAGUUGCCAUUGUCUUUCGAACACCUGCAUAUUGCAAAACAAACAUUACUGAGCCUGUAUCUGUGAAAAUGCAGCUUCGAAGACCUUCAGACCAACAAGUCAGUGAAUCCAUGGAGUUCAGAUACCUUCCAGAUGACAGAGAUAACUGUUUUUACGAAAAACGAAAGAGGACAGCAGAUGCUUUCCAUAAGUUGCUGCAGGAUUGGGCACCGUCAGUUUCAGAUACCACAGAGGUACAAUGCAUGCGAAACCAACCAGAAAAGAUCAUAGUUGGUGUGCCCACUGCAAGAACAGCCUAUGCUCUUUCAAAACCCAUUAAGCAAGAGCCUCGGGAUGCUUUUACUGGACUACAACAGGCACAAGUAAUGUCAAGUCAGCAGCAUACCAAAAGUCUGGUUAUGAACCAGAAUAAUCAUAAUUUUAGUAACACAGUUCUCAGCAAUCCAAACCAGAUUUUCGCCUCUGGCCAACAAACCUUGCUAUCUACAACCACAACAGCAGGUGCCUCUCCAAAUUGGAAUCCAAAUCCUCCUUAUAAUACUCUAAAAGGAAAUUUGCAUUUACAUACUCCUGCAAAUCACGGUUCAUUGCCAGUACUUAGUGAAGAUGUGCUGAAAUGUUUGGAUCCUCCUACACGGAACAGUCCAGUAGAUUCAGUAGGGUUUCGACAUGACAUUAGCAACAAUGGUAUUGGAGCUCAACGCAUUCAACAACCUGCUGUUUUAAGCACUUCUGAUACUAUAGUAAAUCACAACCCUCAUAUGCAUAUACUUAGCAGGAAUAAUGAUGUACAUUUGGUAGGUACAAACCAUGAACAAGCUGUAUCCAUUCCAGAUCUAUGGGAACUAUCGAGUCGGCAACAUGCACCAUCUAUUCAAGGUAUUCAAUUAGCUCAAAACACUGCUGCUAUUGAAACUGCUCAAGCAAAUUCACAAUUACCCAGUGAUAUUCGUGUAGAGUGUGUCCUUGGACAGCUAAACAGUGACUUACCUUUUAAUGGAGGCAUGCAGAUGACAGACAGCAUGGCAAGUGAUGUGUUCGGUGUUGAUGAUAUUGAAGGUAACGAUUAUAGGAAUCAAAUAACCUCAAAGCACGUAGAUCUAGAUUUCAUGAAUGAAUUUCAUGAUUCUGGUGAUCUCAAUGACUUAAUUCAGUCUUUAUGUCAGUAAAAAGAUGGUGUAUACAUUAGUUAUGUCAUGUUUGUGAUGCCUUCAAAGGAGGGCCCUGAAGUUACACUUGAUGGUGACAUGCCAACUGGUGAUAUUCCAAACCAGCUGUCCAAGUAAGGAUUGGGGGCCUGCAACAAUGGAAAGAUGGCGGCCCCUCUAGCUAAGGUGAGUGCUGAAGCUGCAGCAUGGGGCUCCAUGAGGGCUUCUCAAUCUUGAGGUACUCUCUGAACAUCUUCCUUUUGACUUGCAGCUCAUUCUAACUUGAAAAAAAAAGCUGAUCCUGCAUUGUCACUGAGUUAAAAUCCAGUUUACAAACUCACAGUUUGAUAUACCUAUACCUCAUGGACUGCGUUAGUUCAAGGCAGCAGCUCGUCAUUUGCUCUGGGGGGCUAUAAAUAUGUCAUGACGCUCUCUAAUCCCAUGAAUUAAUAAAAUGUUUGAAUUCAAAGGAUGUAAAUUCUGGUCACAGAGGUUAAGCACCAUGAGGCAACCCUCUGACCCCUGUUACUCUGGUGGUGGCUAACAGGAGGAGGCAUCUUCCAGGCUUUGCCUUCUGGCAAAGGCCCAGUCCAUUUACUGCCAGGAGGAUCCCAAUAGGCCCAGUUAGCUCACAGCUGGGUAACUAAUAUUCAAAUUGGCUCCCUACUCUGGCAAGGUGGGUAAGCAAUACCAGCAAUGACCCUUUACCAUCACUACUGCCUGGAGGUAGGAACAUGACGAUCUUUGACUUGAUGUGUGGAUUUCUUCCCAGUCAAGCUACAAGCCAACCUCACAGCCCAGUCUGUGGAACUGGGAAGACGUCCACCAGUUUGCUGUGGUUCACUUCGGGAAAAUAAGCUGCUGCUUAUAGUUAGAAGUUGGUUACAAAUAUUAAAAUGAAUAGUGUUACACAUUAAAAAAUGAAUUAGAAAAGGAGUACACAGUAAUAUUCCUCAAUCUCACUGACAUUGCAAGUUCAGAUUUUUGACAAUCUGUGCUGGAAAUACUGAAAUUUCCUAAUUAUCUUAUGGUUAUGCAUUUUUAACUUUUACUAUUUGAUUUAAGUUCUCAAACCAAGUGAGAAAUUAGCUCAUCUUGGUGCAUUUUCAGUUUUCUAUGGAAAGGGACUUCCCUUGAUGAUGUGUAAUGACUGUGUCAAUCUAACUCAUCUUGUGAAGUUUACAUGCCAAGUUCUCAGUUUAUAAAUUUGAUUUAUAUUUUGAAUGUAUUUUGUUACAUUUGAAUUUUUUAUGUUUUCAAAACAAUUG